AUGGUUGCAGAGGCUGAGUCUGACAAAGACGGCGGCGGCCUUACUAUCGGUAGCAUUACUGGCGCCGCAGUUCUUACCAUUGUAAUCAUUUGUAUUCCUGCAUGUCUCAACUCUGGAGGUCCUAUAUCAGAUCGAGAGGGUCACAGACUUUCACAUCUAUCUAUGUCAAAAGAUGGGCUGGAUACAGUGAAAACCCCUGGGAAGGAUAGCACCUCGAGGUGCACUUCUUUCCUAUCCACAUAUAAUAUCCUAAGUAGGAUGGCAGUAGAAGUAGUCUUUACAGUAUUCCUUGAAAGCCUACUUGUCACAAUUCGCUCGUUUCAUGCGGAUUUGACUGAGGUCGAGAUUCGCAAUGUCGUUAAGGUUGCUGCUCGCUUCUUGAUCUCACGGAGGUAUACCUUGGACAUAAGCGAUAGAGAAACAAGUACAAAAAUCACCGUCUUUUCGGAUUUCCUUGGUCGAAUGAGCCGCUUUUCUCAGAUCAGUUCCACCUAUGCUCGACUCCUCAGUCAAGCCCUUUCCGACGUCGAAUCAGGCGAUGACGGGGGUCAAAGCACAAUUCUUCACCUCAUCUCCGAUUGGCGAGUUACUACUGCUCGUCUAGAGGACUGCCUUAGACCAGAUCCAAUGCUGCAUGCUAUUGUCAGUCCAAGUCUGGCCGAUGAUAACUCAACCGGAGCAGAUAUGCAGACAUUUAACACUUUACUUCCCGUUUUUCAUGAUGAAGUUUGGAUGGAUAUCUCUCAAAACAGUCCGGAUAGUUGGUUCCGUGGUUCUUUGUUUGCCUCCUCCGUGUAUCAAAGUUUUAAUGAGUUUCCCCCUUAUAUGGAAAGGCACAUUUGCCUUGAAAGAAGAAUACAAGCUCAGUCGAGGCGCGAACAUUAUCUCGAUACGAGUCAUUGGUGGAGAUAUCCGAAUCUGCGUGCCCUUAACCUGCUCAUGAUUGUUCCGCUCCUGUCGAUUUUCUGUCAAGGUUUUGAUGGAAGUAUGAUGAACGGUCUCCAGUCAGUGACACACUGGCAGACUUACUUCGGGUCUCCAACUGGUGCUCUUCUCGGCUUCUUCAAUGCUGCCUAUCCACUCGGCGGCAUCCUUGGCUCCUCCGCUAUCUCGCCUGUAGCCGAUACCUUUGGGAGAAGAUGUGGCAUUGCCUUCGGAGCUGCACUCUGCUGCGUUGGCGCUGUUAUCCAAGGUGCUUCCAUUAAUAUCGCCAUGUUCAUAAUUUCCCGAGUCAUCAUCGGUUCAGGAAGUGUGGUCGUCGCCGGAGUUGGUGCUCCCUACAUUACCGAGAUAGCGCAUCCCGACCAAAGAAGCACAGCUACCGCCCUCUUCUUGACAUUUUACUCCAUCGGAUCCAUUAUUGCAGGCUGGUGUACCUUUGGUACUUUUCGCAUUGACAGCACAGCAUCUUGGCGAAUCCCUUCUGCAUUGCAAGGCCUCCCAUCGAUCAUCCAACUCCUCCUUGUUUGGUUUGUACCUGAAUCUCCACGGUGGCUUAUCAGUAAAGGUCGUGAGCAAGACGCUCUAGCUAUGCUUACCAAGUGCCAUGGAGAGGGCAAUGAGCUUGAUCCCGUGGUCCAGCUUGAGUACACCGAGAUUGAACAAACUUUGACAGCCGAAGUGUCGGACUAUAAUAUUUUUACCUUUCUUAAAGACUUGGGCAGUACUGCUGGUAACCGUAGACGCAUGUUCAUCAUGGUCUGGGCCGCGAUAUGCUCCCAGAUGUCUGGCAACGCUUUUGUUUCGUAUUAUCUGUCACCUAUCCUGCACUCCGUUGGCCUCAAAUCCGACCUUCAACAAACCCUUAUUAAUGCGACUAACCAGAUGCUUUCUUGGUUUACGGCGAUCUACUUCGCUACGUUGCCCGCCAAAGCUGCAGCUUACACCGUGGUAGCCUUUCUGUACCUAUUCUCCCCUGCCUAUAACCUCGGCCUCUACAUCCCCGAAAUCCUUCCCUAUCGUAUGAGGACUAAGGGUUUGUCCUUUUUCUACUUUGUUCAGUUUUGCUUUAUGAUGCUUUCCACUUUCACUGUGCCUAUCGGCCUUGGUAACAUCACUUGGCGGUUUUACAUUAUUUUUAUCGCUUGGGUCAUGAUUGAGUUUGUUGGUGUCUGGCUUGUUUUUCCUGAAACAAAAGGGCCCUCACUGGAGGAAAUUGCCUAUAUUUUCGAUGGUCCUCAGGGUGUUGUUGGGCAUGCUGCCGAGGUUAUGGUUGAGGGUAAGACCCCGCGCCUUGUAGAUAUAUUUGGUUUACUUAUCCCGGGUAAUGGCACAUUAAUUAUUUACCGUCUUGUUGACGCCUUGGAUAUUGCUGGAAUUUCCGUGCUUUGGCAGAAGGCUCAAAUCGACACAGAGUCUCUCAGAUUCCAGAAUGUUUAA